AAGGACGGCGGCGUCGGUCCUGCUCUCUCCGCCGCCCCAGCCGCAGCUUCACAUCUGGGUCCCCGCCCCCCCGACCGGGGGGUGGUUGCCGAACUUGGUUGGGGCCCCGGUUCAUACACUCCGGGGCAAGAUGCUACGGCCCCGGGCGGGUGGCCGAGGCGGCGGCGAGGCGAGGGACCCGGCCGGCUCCGCUCGGCGCCGCCCCCGCUCCCGGCUCCCGCAUGUGUCGCUGCGGCUGGGACCCCCCUCCCUACACCUUGGGGGUCUCUCGCCCCAGGCCCCCCGGGACGAGGCAGAAGCUCCGGCGCCUCCUCAGCGUUCUCUCACCGCGGAGCAGCUACCCAGUCCCGGUCGGUGGUAGCCGCCUCCCUGCCCCCCAAGCCGCCGGCUCCGGCUCAGGCUCGGGCUCGGGCUCCGGCUCCGGCUCCGGCUCCGGCGUGUGCAGCAGCCGCCGCUGCCGGCCGGGAAGGUGAGGGGGGGAGAGGAGUACGGCCGCGGCUCCCGCUGGCCCAGGUGAGAGCGAAGGUCUCGGCGGCCAGUGCAGGGGGGCUGGGUCUUUCGGAUGCGCCUUCGCUCUUACUCUCAGCGGCAGCAGCAGCGGCAGCGCCCGGAGCUCAGCUCGCUGUCUCCCUCGCUCUGUGCGGGGCUCUCGCCUCACUCCAGAGAGAGGGGCGGGAGGAGAGCGGCGCCUGCCGAUGACGCAAGUCACCUAGCAACCACUCUCUUCCCCCUCCCUCUUCUUUCCGCUCUGAGGCUUCCUCUGCUGGCUUCUUUUCCCCUUCCAGCUACCCCGCCCUGGGCGCCUCUGGCGCCCUCUGAUGACGCUCCAAGGGAAGAGGAAGUGGGGAUCGGCGAGCGGGUGGGUGCGCCUCGGGCCGCGGGACUCGCAGCCGCCGCCGCCGCUGCCGCCUCUACGGCCGCGUCAGAACUGAAGAGAGGAAGGGGAGGAGCCGAGUCGAGCCUAAGCUGCCGCCCGAUCUUACCCCUGACCCGAGGGCGGCCUGGAGAGCUUGCUCUGUAGCGGUUUCCUUCGGGGCAGGUGGGGACUGCUCCUUUGGAAGGAAAGAGGAGGCCCAGGCCUCGCCUUCAGACAGCUGCGCGCACCACCCGAAGAUGAGGCAUUUGGCUCCAGACAGACCCUCGAAAAGCCGUACUGAUCGUGGAGUUCCCGCACAGCCUGAUCCGCUGCACCUGCUCCAGGGAGAGAGCGCCCCAACCUUCCCGUGGCGUGGGGUGAGACCCGGCGUUGGAUAACGUGUGGUCGGGCCGAGCAAAUGUUUGAUGAAUGAAUGAAUGAAUGAAUGCCUCUCUCACGUGGCACUCGCGAAGCUCAGAGGAUAUGGUGGAAGUGCAAGUGCUUUGUAAACCACAGUGCAUUGUAAAAAUGAGUUGUAAUACAUUCCUCCCCUCCUCAGCCGUGGAAGGAAACAGGGGUGCGGCUUGAGUACAGUCACAACCUGAGUCUUUAGUGGACAAGGAGACGAAAUGCCGGGCAGAGGAAGGAACCCAUCCUCGCUCAGAUUGUUAGGGCGGCGGGAAGGGAGGAUUGGAAGGGAGCCAUCCUCUGGGAGAUUGUUGAAGGAUUUUUAACUGUCAGGGGAAGAAUUUAAUAGUGUAUCACUUUUACGAAUGGUUCUUUCUUAUGGCUUGGGGCUUUCGAGAACUUCUGAUCUUGGUUCAUCAGUGUACGUUGUCAUCAAGAAAUGUUAGCCUGUGUUUCAGGUCUGACUCAAAGGUUAUUUUCUUUCUAAAAUAAAUGUUAUUACUAUUAUGCAGCUUUUCCUACAGAUGUUAUCCUGGAAAGGAAAGUCAAGUAAAAACUCAUGAAGUUUAAAGUGCAGUUCUCUGGGAAAAGAAAUUUAAGAUAAAAGGACCAGAAUCCUCAGAAAUCUGUCUUAAGUGAAUAGUAUGAGGAAAAGAUUAAAACAGCAGCAAUGAUGGAAGCAGAUUCCACAAUUCUGUCCGUGGACCCUAGCACACUCUACCUCCUUGGGAAGCAGUAGUAAUGGACUUUACAAGUCUUUCCACCUGAAGGAGGGGGUGAGAUAGGAGCAAGUGUAAUAUAAACAAAUGUGGGAAGCUCUGGGUUUCUCCCACUACUGCCACUACCAUCUGCAAACAGUAGACUAAGGAACCUUUUAACUGGGUAAAUACAAGGCCUCGUGUUCAUUAAAAUGCUGCAGGAAAGGUGGUGGGAGGGGCAAAGGAGGAUGUGGCAAAACCAAGGAGAGACUCACAGACUAGCACCUGACCCUACUGCCCUUGACCUGAAGUUCCAAGAGCCAGGUUAAACAUCCUGCUUAAAUUACCCUGGAUUUUUCUGUCUUUACAUGAUCAAUCCCCUGCUACAGCCUUCCAAAUAAGACUCACAGUUAAUCAGACCAACAAGUGAUGGUUUCACAUGGCUACAAAAUAAAUAUUUUUUGUUUUUCCCCCUCUUCCUAUCUUACAGCAGGGGAAUGGUGGAAAUUAAAGGAGUAAAACACACAGAUUUAGGGGAUUUGGUGAAGCUAAACACCUCAGAGAGUUUAACCUUUGUGGGCUUUGGAGGAAAAGAGUGCAAACAUCAGAGUUCUGCAGCCCAGCAGAGAACACCUCCAGUUAAGUGUGUACCACAUAGGGUUUUUCAGCAGCGUGAUCUUCUGUUUUCAUUGUCAGUGGCUCCACCUUACAACCUCAGUGCUGAGGAACAGAAGGGCACUCAGGAGAGCCUGAGCCACCUACUUAGAAAGUAUUUAAUAACAGCACACUAAGCUUACUGGGCUAGAUACCCACCUCAACACCCAGCUUGAUAACAGGAGGAAACAGCUGGAACUGGAGGCCGGAGAGAAGGAAGUUCAUACAUUUCCAACUUGGUCUGCAUCUCUUUAGUUCCUUGUAUUGCUUAUUAAUCCAGAGGAGAAAACAGCUAGUUAAUUCAAAAUUCCAAAAAAUCUGAAGUUUUAGCUAAUAGUUCCUUCCCUGGUUCAUCAAUUUAAGAUAAAGACCUAAAAACUGUGUUAAAAUAUAGAACAAAGGAGAUUCUUAUAAGGUUUCUGACCUCUGCACUUGAAAGUGAGCUCUUAUGAGAAAUUAAUCAAUGUUUUGUUAUUCCACAUCAGUGGGUUUUACUGUCAAAGAUUGUGUAAGCUAUCUGGCAAAAUUUUGCUUUCCAGAAAUGCUAUCUAUAGUAUAUUGAUUUUAACAUUUUUAUUGUGAAAUAUAGUUUAAAUACAUAAAGCAAUUAUAUAGUAUAAUAAGUGACUAUAAAGGAAACCACCAUGUAACCGAUCAACCAGGUCAAGAAAUGGAAUAUUUCCAGCAACUCAGAAGUUACCCUCCCUGCCCCAUGACCUUCCCGAACACAACUCUUUCCCUCCCUCCUAAAUGUAGCCAUUAUUCUAACAUUUGUGAUAAUCACUUCCUUGCUUUUCUUUGUCGCUUUGUUGCAAGCAUGCAUCCCUAAACAAUAUAUUGUUUAGUUUCACUCUUUGUUUUGAACUUUAUGUAACUGGAACAAUAUAAUAUGUAAUCUGUUGUUCUUGCUGCUUUUGCUCAACAUUGUUUUUAAUUCAUAUGUGGUUCAGGUUGUUCCUAUAGCUGUAAUUUGUGCAUUCUCAUUGCUGCAUAUUACAGUGUCCCAUUGUAACAGUAUGUGACAAUACGUUUAGCCAUUCUGUUGCUGAUAGACAUCUGGGUUGUUUCCAGUUUAGGAUUGUUAUAAAUGCUAAUGUGAACAUUCUUCAUAUAUAUGUUCCAUCACAUCUAUGUCAGUUUCUGUAUAGCAUAUACCUGGGAGUGGUAAGAUGUAUCAUAAACUUGAAUAAAUAAUGCCAAGUUCUUUUCUAGAGGGUUACACACUCACA